AUGAAGCCGUGGCUCUGGAAUUUCGAUAUAGACCGCUACGUCGACUCUCUGGUACCGUCACCGCCAUGGCUAUACCUCCCCCGUCCCGUGUCGUGGUUCCUCGGCCAUCGCCGCGAGGACGACGAGCCGCCAGAGAUGGGCAACCUGGAACCCAUAGCGUGGGCCUUUGCAGGUGUAUUCAGCAGCAUCCUCCUCAUCGAGGGUGUGGGGAAGCGCAUCGCCGCGUUUGAAGCCCAUUCGGCGCCGCUGAUGGUCGGCAGCUUUGGAGCCAUGGCCGUUCUGGAAUUCUACGCCAUAGACUCGCCGCUGGCGCAGCCCCGCGGCGCCGUAUUCGGAAACCUCAUCGCCAGCUUCCUGGGCGUAUGCGUGCAGAAGCUUUUCCUCAUGGGCGACGACUUCGAGGGCACGCGCUGGGUCGGGGGCGCCCUGGCCUGCGCGGCCGCCACGUCGGCCAUGGCCCUCACCGGGACGGUGCACCCUCCCGCCGGGGCCGCCGCGCUCCUCGCCGUGCUGGACGACGACGUCCUCCGUCUGGGAUGGUGGUACCUUCCCCUCGUGAUGCUGGGCGUCUCGCUGAUGCUCUCCGUCGCCGUCGUCGUGAACAACAUCCGUCGACGGUUCCCGCUGUACUGGUGGACUGCCGGGAGUCUGCGCGUGCCCGACGACGGCAAGCCAAGCCAGCAAGAGGCGAGGGGACGAGAAGAAGGAGAAGGAGAAGAGAAAGAAGGAGGAGGAGAGCAAGAGCGAGAACGAGAACAACAAGAAGGGAGGAGGGGGGAGGGGGAAAGGGAGGACGUCGAGUCUCGGGCUAGUGCGCACCAGCUCUCACUCAUGCACGGGAAGGAUGGUGAGAUCGUUAUACGUCCCGGUUUCGUCAGCCUCCCCAGGCAUCUGGUUCUGGAGGAGGGUGAGAGGGCCUUUCUGGAGAGUUUAAGGUAUAGGCUGUGA